AUGAGUCCACAGCAGCGAAGACAGGCAGCAUCGGGAAACUGCCCAUGGGGCGGUUUCUAUCAGACUUGUGCGACGGGUUUCAAAGGUUGCUGCUUAGUUGAUGCAUGCACGACUGGAUGUCCAGAUGGUAAGGACACGACUGAUCCACCUGACUAUGCGAGCGAGGCUCCUACGCCAACAUUGACGGCGAGAUCGAGUACGUCGAUUUCAAAUACAAGAACUACAACCAGAAGCGAAGUUGUCAAUAGCUCAGCAACUGCAACGACAAUUCCACCUGCAUCUACUGCGAGCACACUAUCGUUGGAUGUGAUUACCUCCAUAUCGGCAGGACAGACGAUAUAUGUGACAGUGGAUCAUCCUCCCACAGCAUCACCAACAGCAUCCAAUCCUGUUUCCAAGAAGCCGUCGCAUGAAGGCCACUCUCCUCGAACCGCUGCAAUUGUCGGAGGGGCACUGGGAGCCAUUAUCUUUCUCAUUGCCAUAGCGAUCGGUUCCUUUCUCUGCUUGAGUAGAAGAAAGAGAAAGUCCUACCUGUCGCCCAAAUAUCCAUCCCAGCUCAUUGGCAGUGACAUGUCGGAGGAAUUGCAUGAAAAUGCUUCAUUGGAAGUUAACACUAGGAAGCUUAACAUGUAUCGAUCGGGAUCUGGAGGUAGUCGUCAUGUUACACCACAGCUUGACGGUCGAGAGAUCAAGCAACACGAGACUGCCUCUCAAAGCUUGAGAAGCAGCUUUGCUGAGCUUCCCGCCGAACCAUUGCUAUGGCCUGGUCAACAUGGGACUGGCCGUUCAUUUUGA